AUGAGGGUGAUAGAAGUCAUUAUCGACGGCUUCAAGUCGUAUGCCGUGCGAACAGUGAUAUCGGGAUGGGACGAGAGCUUCAACUCCAUUACCGGCCUGAACGGUAGCGGAAAGUCAAAUAUCCUCGACUCAAUAUGUUUCGUUCUCGGAAUCACGAAUAUGUCGACGGUGCGGGCGCAAAACCUCCAAGAUCUUAUAUAUAAAAGAGGUCAAGCGGGUGUCACCAAAGCUAGCGUUACGAUCGUCUUCGACAACAGAGAUAAGAAGAAGUCGCCCAUCGGAUUCGAAGAGUAUGCUACCAUCAGCGUAACCCGCCAGAUCGUACUUGGCGGCACGUCCAAAUAUUUGAUCAACGGUCACCGAGCACAGCAGCAGACGGUUCAGAACCUCUUCCAGUCUGUCCAACUGAACAUCAACAACCCAAACUUCCUUAUCAUGCAAGGCCGUAUCACCAAAGUCCUCAACAUGAAGCCUGUCGAAAUUCUAGCGAUGAUUGAAGAGGCCGCCGGUACGAGAAUGUUCGAGGACAGGCGAGACAAGGCUUUGAAGACAAUGGCCAAGAAAGAAACGAAGCUCCAAGAGCUAAGUGAGCUACUGAGGGACGAGAUCGAGCCCAAGCUAGAGAAGCUUCGAGGAGAGAAGAGAGCAUUCUUGGAUUUCCAACAAACUCAGAACGACCUAGAGCGACUGUCUCGCGUUGUUGUAGCAUACGAUUAUACAAAAUGUCAAGAAAAGCUGAAGCAGUCUGCAGCUGAUCUUGAAGCUAAGAAGCUGCGCCAUAAAAGCCUGGAAGAUUCUGCUGUUCGUCUUCGUAAUGAGAUAUCACAUCUGGAAGAAGAUGUCAAGAGGAUAAAGUCCCAGCGGGAUAAGGAGCUGAAAAAGGGUGGCAAAGCCCAAGGUCUCGAAGAUAAGGUAAAGAAAUACUCUAAUGAGUUGGUCCGACUUACAACGGUUAUGGACCUCAAAAGAGCAAGCUUGGCGGAGGAGACGGAGAAAAAAGCAGCCGUUAUGAGAACGGUAUCAGAACUGGAGGCAUCUUUACAGGAUAAGACGGCUACGUUCGACAAUGUCAAAGCGAAAUACGAAGCAGCAAAGGAUGGUUUAGCAAAGCAAGUCAAGGAAGUUGAAUCCAAAGAGGAACUUUUACAGACCCUACAAACUGGAGUAGCUUCCAGAGAGGGACAAGAAAACGGAUAUCAAGGCCAACUUCAAGAAGCAAAGAAUCGCGCUACUACUGCAGCAACAACGCAGGAGCAGGCAAAGAUCAAGAUUGCCCACUUGCAAAGUCGAGUCAGAGAGGAGGAGCCUCGAGCCCGAAAGGCCAAGGAGCAGAAUGCACAACUGCUUCGCGACCUAGACGGUUUGAAGCUACAGGGCCAGAAGCUGGAAAGAGAGCUGAACAAGCUCGGCCUUGAGCCUGGCCAGGAGGAGGCGAUGUACAAGGAAGAGUCGAGUUUGCAGCAAACUGUCCGAAACCUGCGGCAAGACUGCGAUGGCCUCAAACGGAAAGUUGCCAACAUUGAUUUCAACUAUGCUGAUCCUGUUCCCAACUUUGACAGAUCAAAGGUCAAAGGCCUCGUUGCUCAACUGUUCACAAUUGAUCAACAUAAACUAAGCGCCGGAACAGCUUUGGAAAUAUGUGCUGGUGGACGAUUAUACAACGUGGUAGUUGAUUCUGAAGUGACGGGCACGCAGCUGCUUCAGAAAGGCAGACUGAGGAAGCGAGUAACAAUUAUUCCUCUUAACAAAAUCUCCGCUUUUAGAGCAUCAGCACAAAGCAUCGCGACUGCACAGAAUCUCGCGCCUGGAAAAGUCGAUCUCGCUCUUACGCUGGUUGGCUACGAUGAGGAGGUGGCCUCUGCAAUGGAAUACGUUUUUGGCAACACUCUAAUCUGCGCAGAUGCCGAAACAGCAAAAAAGGUCACCUUCCAUCCUAAUGUGAGAAUGCGAAGUAUUACCCUCGAAGGAGACUCCUACGAUCCCUCGGGAACUCUUUCAGGUGGCAGCUCUCCAAACUCCAGCGGCGUUUUGGUGACUUUACAGAAGCUCAAUACUCUGGCUCGGCAGCUGAAUGAGGCUGAAAGAUCAUUAAAGGACGUCCAGAUCAAGAUUGCGAGGGAGAAAUCCAAGCUAGAUCAAGCCCGCCAGAUCCAACAGACUUUGGACCUGAAGAAGCAUGAGAUCAAACUGGCAGAGGAUCAGAUUGGCGGAAAUUCAUCAUCUUCAAUCAUUCAAGAAAUUGAAAAUUGGAAAGCCACCAUUGCUGAACUGCAAGAGAGCAUAUCGGAUGCCAGAACCCGUCAGGCCGAGGCUAGUGCGGAUAUCAAGCGCAUUGAGAAGGACAUGAAAGAUUUUGACAAUAACAAGGAUGGCAAACUGGUCGAACUGCAAAAAUCUCUAGAUAAAUUAAGGGGAAGUCUCGACAAGAAUUCAGCAGCAGUCAAAACCUUGCAAAAAGAACUGCAAGGUGCUCAACUGGACCUGGAGCAAGUGGGAGGUGAUCUAUCUGCUGCAAGGGAGCAGCUUCAAGAGGUAGAGGUGGCCAUCAAGGCUCAGCAGCAAGAUAUUGAAGAGUUAUCAAAACAGCAGGCCAAGGUGGCCGAGACACAUGACACCGCACAGGCCGAGCUUGAGGACGAAAGAGCGAAGCUACACCAAUUCGACGACGAGCUUCGAGCAUUGGAGGAGGCUACGCGCUCAAAGAAGGGUCGCAUUACGGAAGAAGGGUUAGAGAUGCAGAAACUUGGUCACCAAAUAGAGAAGUUCCACAAAGAGCAACAAUCUGCAGGAGAGAAUGUUGCUCGGCUCGAGGCCGAAUACGAAUGGAUUCAGGAUGAGAAGGACCAUUUCGGUCGCAGCGGGACGCCCUACGACUUCCAGCAGCACAAUAUAGCGGAGUGCAAGUCAACACUGCGGAACCUCACAGAGAGAUUCCAAGGAAUGAAGAAGAAGAUCAACCCCAAGGUGAUGAAUAUGAUCGACAGCGUUGAGAAGAAGGAAAUCUCGCUCAAGCAAAUGAUAAAGACUGUCAUUCGAGACAAGAGGAAGAUUGAAGAGACCAUUGUCAGUUUGGAUGAGUAUAAGAAGAAGGCGCUACAAGAGACUUGGGAGAAGGUCAAUGGCGACUUUGGCCAGAUCUUCUCUGAUCUUCUCCCUGGAGGUAGUUUCGCAAAGCUGGAUCCUCCAGAGGGUAAGACGAUCAGCGACGGUCUCGAAGUGAAGGUUUGCUUGGGCAAGGUGUGGAAGCAAAGUCUAACAGAACUGAGCGGCGGUCAGAGGUCACUUGUCGCACUCUCACUCAUCAUGGCUCUAUUACAAUUCAAGCCCGCGCCAAUGUACAUCCUUGACGAGGUUGACGCCGCCCUCGAUCUUUCUCACACACAAAACAUUGGACGUCUCAUCAAGACGCGCUUCAAGGGCUCUCAGUUCAUUGUUGUGAGUCUAAAGGACGGCAUGUUCCAGAACGCCAACCGUAUAUUCCGUACACGCUUCAGUGAAGGAACGAGCAUGGUUCAGGCACUCACGCCAGCGGACUUGAAGUAACUGAAGAAAGGGAAAAUUUCUUUCUUUUUUUUUUUGUCUUUUUUUCUUUUUUUCCCCAAACUGUUGGGACCAAUGUGAUAUAUGAAAUGACGAGAGGCGCAUGGAUGGGUUUUGAUGAGCUGGUAGGAUAUGAUCGAAUAUGAUCUAAUACGAAUUGGGUAAAAAAAGGAGAGGUUAUGAUGAGCCUUUUUUAGCCUUUUUUAAUUCCACUUUUUGUCUACAGAGGAACAGACUUGGUUGAUACUGUACGUACACAUGUCAAACCGCCUUUUUUUUUUGUUCUCUUUCCAUUCCAUUCUUUUUAUUUUACGAGCGGCUCCAUAUUCUUCACUCGCCAGUCAUGUUUAUUGCUCAAAACUCCAUUCCCCCCCCUCUCUUUGAGAUCCAUCCUUGCCACCGCAAACUACUCUUAUCACUAACUUACAAAGCCCAGUGCUGGCCCCGUUCCAGAACCUUAAUCUCCAUACCCACCUCUAGUGACAACUCCAUGUCCUCUGGCUUGUCUGUACUUGAAAAUAUGGGACACAGCUGCAUCCCGAAGCAACCCUUUCCGGGAGCGCCUCCGUCAAUUGCGCGGUGCUUCCUGAGCGAAUUAUCAGGCUCCACCUUGUGUCGAAUCCCAGUGGCUGGAUCGACAUUUGGCAAUUUGCACCUGUAUGGAGUCAUGAAUUGUUUAGCACCCAAUACGGAGGAUAGUAUCGUAUAUAUGUUUGCGUAUGUGAGAAACUCUUUUGGUAGGAAAAUUCUCCACCUUGAGGAUUUGGGCGUAAAUCAUUGGGCUAAUGUUUUCCGGGUGAUUAAACAGGCGCGGGCGUUUGUGAAGUCAGGGCGGAAAUAACAGGGAAAAGGUAAGGGUGAGAAUAAAGCUUAAGCUCCUCUCCCCUGAGAAUGGCAUCGAAAAUAGAAACAGACAGAAAGAUUAAAUUCAAAGUAACUCACCGAACUGCGCGGCCUGAGACGUCAAAUUGACUCUUCAAUCGCGGAGCCGUGGCGCCUUGGGAAGGCUGUGAGAACUCAAUGCGUCGCCAGUCGUCCUCGUCGUACUCUUUGAGACCGGAAACUAGUCACAUCAAGUUAGUUGAACGUUGUACAGCUAAAGCGUGGGGGUCUAAAGUUCGAUAUACGGGGGGUUGUAUUUUGAAACACAUAGUCUGAAAUAUACAGCCAAUACCUAUACAUACCAAUAAUGUUCGGGCGAAAACGGCGCGCGUCCAGGAACUUGAG